CACCGAUAUAGCAUUACUACUAGCUACUACUCCUACUAGGCUACUUCUAACUAAAUUUAUCCCAUAAGCCUCACCGUAGCUUUUUCACAUACUGAACACCACACACACACACACACACCUUAAUUAAUAUACAACAACAAGAAGAACACCACCAUCACCACCACCAUGUCAACCACAACCCAACAACACCACCAAGAAUCCCAAGAAUCCCAAGAACAAGAAUACACCCACACCCUCCCCAAACCCCCCUACAACCCAAUAAUAAACCCCUCCAACACGCGCCCAAUCCUCGCAGACGAACAAAUCUCCCUAAAAUCACACAUCUUCCUAACCCGCCCCUACAUCUCCACGCUACUAUUCGAAAACGCCACUUCGGAUGCGCGCGACCACUGCGCCAACGAGCGGACCUUUCUCUCCUGGCUGCGUCUCUCAAUGUACCUAGCGAUCGUGGCCAUCGCCAUCAUAAUCAGUUUUCAUUUCCAGACGCCGCCGACGGGGCUGGAGCGGCGGAUGGCGUUACCACUAGGAAUCGUCUUCUGGGUGUUGAGUAUUGCGUGUCUGGUGAACGGGUUUGCGAAUUAUGUGCGCACGGUGAAGAAGUAUAGUCGCAAGGCGGCGCUCGUGCAGAGUGGGUGGAAGACGCAGGUGACGUUUACGGUGGUUGGGACGGUGAUUUUGGGGAGUUGUGUGUUGUUUUUGGCUACGGAUGCUAGUACGAAUUGA